AUGUCUCACAACGAUACGAUUCCUCUUUAUCAGUCAUCUCAAUCAGACAUCGACGAGAUCGAGAAUAUGAUGAGCGAUGGUUUUCAAUCAGGUCCCGGAACCGUCCUUCCUGCUCGACCACCGAGCCCGAUCCGUCCUUCAAUACCCGUUUCUUCCUCGCCGUUCGUUCAAUCCAACCUCCCACCGCUUCCUCCGUCUUCCUCCUCAGCUCAGAAGGUGAUGCCUGUUCCCGUCCCUCCGUCGAUUCAUCCGGCAGGUAAUUCCAGUAGCUCUGAAGGUCCCAAGACUAUUGGAGGAAGUGGAUUUGGACCUCCGCCAAACACAUUGACGGAGCCUGUGUGGGAUACUGUAAAGCGAGAUCUGUCGCGGAUCGUGAGUAAUCUGAAGCUUGUGGUUUUUCCGAAUCCGUAUAGGGAAGAUCCUGGGAAGGCACUUAGAGAUUGGGAUCUAUGGGGACCGUUUUUCUUCAUUGUGUUCUUGGGGCUUACUCUUUCGUGGUCUGCUUCUGUUAAGAAGUCUGAAGUAUUUGCCGUGGCAUUUGCACUACUAGCAGCUGGGGCAGUGAUCCUCACACUAAACGUUCUGCUCCUGGGAGGACAUAUAAUAUUUUUCCAAAGCCUAAGCCUUCUGGGUUAUUGUCUAUUUCCUCUGGACGUUGGAGCAGUGAUCUGCAUGUUGAAGGACAAUGUGAUACUCAAAAUGAUCGUUGUGUGUGUGACUCUUGCCUGGAGCUCUUGGGCUGCUUAUCCUUUCAUGAGCGCUGCCGUGAACCCGAGAAGAAAAGCGCUCGCACUUUACCCGGUCUUCCUCAUGUACGUCUCUGUUGGCUUCUUGAUCAUUGCCAUUGAUUAA